AGGUUCAACACCCAUUUUGGGGGGUUCUAUAUAAAUUCGGUCUAUGAAUCAUUCUAUGCACUUAUUUACCUAUUUACCUCAUUCCCAGCCAUUGGAGCGUGAUUUUUAUAUAUAAAAAAGCUGCUUAAUAAGACAAAAUCUUUCUCAAAAGUGCAUAGACCAAAGAAAAUGUCUUUUGUGGUGAAAAUGAACGGAGCACAGAACAAUGGCAUCCACAACAAUGGUACGAACGGGAACUUCAUGAACGGGAACGGUGUGCAUCAUGUGAGCGUGCGCACUCAUGUGAGUGUUAACCCAGCCAAACUGAAGAGCAGCCGGCCGAGGUGGACAGUCAGACCCUCAGAGAUGUCCAAGAAAACACUCAACCCCAUCCGAGCCAUAGUGGACGGGAUGAAACUCACUCCCAACCCCGAGAAACCCAUGAUUGCUCUAUCUAUUGGUGACCCUACUGUGUUUGGGAACUUGCCAACAGACGACACUGUUUUGCAGGCGAUGAAGGAGGCCAUAGACUCCCACAAAUACAAUGGCUAUGCUCCUUCAGUAGGUUACCAAAAGAGCAGAGAAGCUGUUGCAAACUUCUACAGCUGUCCAGAAGCUCCACUGGAAGGCAAAGACGUGAUCUUAGCCAGUGGCUGUAGCCAGGCUAUAGAGUUGGCCAUCAGCGUGUUGUGUAACCCAGGGGACAAUAUCUUAGUUCCACGUCCUGGAUUCUCCCUCUAUAAGACACUGGCGGUGUCUAUGGGCAUCCAAGUGAAGCACUAUAAUCUGCUGCCGGAGAAGUCUUGGGAGAUUGAUCUUCAGCACUUAGAGAGCCUGAUUGAUGACAAAACAGCCUGCCUGAUCGUCAACAACCCGUCCAAUCCAUGUGGCUCAGUGUUCUCCAAAGAACACCUGCAUAAGAUACUUUCCGUGGCGUCAAGAAACUGCAUCCCUAUCCUUGCUGAUGAGAUCUAUGGAGACAUGGUUUUCCCUGGCUGUGAUUUUCAGUCUUUGGCACCUCUCAGCAUUGACGUGCCCAUCUUGUCCUGUGGUGGUCUGGCCAAGCGCUGGUUGGUUCCUGGCUGGAGAAUGGGCUGGAUCCUCAUCCAUGAUCGUAACGACAUAUUUGGAAGCGGAAUUCGAGAGGGUCUUGUAAAACUAAGCCAACGCAUUUUAGGACCCUGUACUGUGGUUCAGGGAGCAUUAGAGAGCAUUUUGAAUGAUACAACACCAGAGUUCUACCAAAGCACCAUCACGUUCCUCAAGUCAAACUCUGAGAUAUGUUUCUCAGAGUUGUCAACUGUUCCUGGGCUGAAUCCAGUGAUGCCAUCAGGAGCCAUGUACAUUAUGGUGGGGAUCGAGAUGGAACACUUCCCAGAAUUCCAGAAUGAUGUGGAGUUCACUGAACGGCUGGUCACUGAGCAAUCUGUGUUCUGUUUGCCCGCUACGGCAUUUGAAUAUCCAAACUUCUUCCGAAUUGUAGUAACAGUCCCAGAGGAGAUGAUGAUUGAGGCGUGCAUUCGGAUCAGAGAAUUCUGCGCACGUCACUACCGACCUCGGAGCCAAGACAGCCACGAACUGGACCAGUGAAAAAAACAGAGGAUAAGAAAGGUCAAAAGACUAAAGAAUAAAGUGGUGUCAAAAUCUGCAAAAUGAAUGGAAGUGUUAAAAGAGAGGACAGUUAUGUGCAUUACAUGUGACAAUUUAAAUAUUUUCUUUUUUCAGGAAACUCAAAGCUCUAUGCAAGCAACAUAUUUAUAUAUAUUUUUAUAUAUGUGCUAGUAUUAUAUAGGGAAGGGGUGGGAGGGUAGGUGCUUUGGGGGUUAUUGUAUGAAUAUUUUUCCAUCAUUAUAAAAUAUUGUAGUCUCUUUUCUUACACUGUAACAGACAUUGUGAUUUGGGAAGCCUUGUGACCAAACCAUAUAGUCAUUUUGUGUGUAACCUGCAUGAUGUGAAGUAUUUAUCCUAUAUGUGAUGUUUUAUGUGAUGAUGGAAUAGAACAUUUUGUAGUGCAUCUGUUUAAUUUGCAUGCUCAACUGCUCUGAGAGUCAAAAUAACAUGUAUGGCACACAUAUAACAUCUAAUGUUCUUUAGAUUUUUGUUUUCAAUUGUUACACCUCAAAAAUUAUUUAAAUAAAAUUGUAUCUCAUGA